AUGGUGGACAUCCUCCUCCCGCGGCCGCUCCAGGGCGCCAUGGGGGAGCCCUCCAAGAGGCGGCCGGGGCUGGCCCUGUGCGCGGGCUGCGGGGGCCGCAUCCAGGACCCGUUCCUGCUGCGGGUGUCGCCGGACCUGGAGUGGCACGUCGCCUGCCUCAAGUGCGCCGAGUGCGGGCAGCCCCUGGACGAGACCUGCACAUGCUUCCUGCGCGACGGCAAGGCCUACUGCAAACGGGAUUACAGCAGGCUCUUCGGCAUCAAGUGCGCCCAGUGCCGGGCGGCGUUCAGUAGCAGCGACCUGGUGAUGCGCGCUCGCGACCACGUCUACCACCUGGAGUGCUUCCGCUGCGCCGCCUGCGGCCGCCAGCUCCUGCCCGGCGACCAGUUCUGCCUGCGGGAGCGCGACCUGCUCUGCCGCGCCGACCACGGGCCGCCCCCCGACGGCACCGCCGCCCGCGGACCGCGCAGCCCCGCGCUAACGCCGGCCGCCGCCGCGCACCUCGCAGAACCGGUGCCCGGGCGGCCGCCCGCCCCGCGGCCGCCGGCGCACAAGGCGGCGGAGAAGACCACCCGCGUGCGGACGGUGCUGAACGAGAAGCAACUGCACACGCUGCGGACCUGCUACGCCGCCAACCCGCGCCCCGACGCCCUGAUGAAGGAGCAGCUUGUGGAAAUGACGGGGCUCAGUCCCCGCGUCAUCCGCGUCUGGUUCCAAAACAAGCGCUGCAAGGACAAGAAAAAGUCUAUCCUCAUGAAGCAGCUCCAGCAGCAGCAGCACAGCGACAAGACGAGCCUGCAGGGUCUCACCGGCACACCGCUGGUGGCCGGCAGCCCCAUCCGCCACGAGAGCGCCGUGCAGGGCAGCGCCGUGGAGGUCCAGACCUACCAGCCGCCCUGGAAAGCGCUCAGCGAGUUCGCCCUGCAGAGCGACCUGGAGCAGCCCGCCGCCUUCCAGCAGCUGGUCUCCUUCUCCGAGUCCGGAUCCCUGGGCACCUCCUCCGGCAGCGACGUGACCUCGCUGUCCUCCCAGCUCCCCGACACCCCCAACAGCAUGGUACCCAGCCCGGCCGAGACGUGA